AUGCUUCCCUCCAAGAUCGACGACACCUUGCACGUUGUGCACUCACCGCAUGACUCAACUAACGACUACUACGAUGUGUCGCGCAGCCAGGCUGAUCAUGAUGAUGGCUUGCCUUUCAAAGCGCGGACUUUCCUAGAUCUGAAGCCGUCAUUUCAUCGAAACACCUAUUCUGGAGCUUUACUCUUCAAUCUGUGCGCCUUCGUGCUACCAGUACUAUAUGGCACACUGUCAAAGCUAUGGGUGGCCAACAUCGACUCUUCGAUGGUCGUUACGACCGAUACCUACACCUACAUUGGCGUUGUCGCUGAGGUGCUCAAUGAAGGUCUACCACGUGCCUCGUAUCUAAUUAUCGGCGACAAGAGCAGUCGCACUUUCGGUGAAAGAGUGCAGCUUGCGCACACGCUCAUCCUCUUCCAAUCUGUUCUCGGCUUCAUCAUGAGCAUAGGCUUCGUUGGAGGUGCUUCAACGUUCGCGAAUGGGUUUGUCCCAAUAGAGGUGCGGGAUGUGAGCGUAACUUACGUCCGCAUAUCGGCUUUUUCCGCCUUCAGCUCUGCGAUCGAAUACUCAGUCAACGCAUCGACACGCGCGCUCGACAAGCCAGACGUGCCACUCGUCAUCAGUUCAGUCAAAUUUGCUGUCAAUAUCAUCCUGGACUUGAUCAUCAUCUCGAACUUCCACGUCGGAAGCAUCACACCCACGGUCAACAUGCAGGCUGGCAUCUCGCUUGCUUGCAAUCUCACUUCGGCGUUUGCAGGCCUGGCUUAUUUUAUCUAUACAACCAGUAUUAGUAAAAGGUCAGCUAUCCAUCAGGACAUCACCCACGGUAACCUUAAGCCAUCUCUUUCACCGCUUCGCACGCUUUUCAAGCCUGGCUUUAUCUUCUUUACCGAGUCUGCAAUCCGCAACGCCCUGUACCUCUGGCUGGUACACGGUAUCGUCGGUCUCGGCAGCGACUACGCGACCGCAUGGGGCGUAUUUUCGACAAUCCGAUGGGGACUCAUCAUGGUUCCAAUAUCAGCUCUUGAAGCUACAACGCUUACCUUCAUCGGUCAUUCUUGGGGCCAAGUGCGCGCAAGUCUGGAUUACCUCAACGAUAGUGUCCAACCACAUCUCCCUUCUCGACAGCUAUGGCGCAUCGUUCGAUGGGCUUUCUACUCCAUUGGCAUUGUUCUCGUCUUCGAGGUUCCACUCUGUUUGUUGAUGUCGUUCUUAGGCGCGGAGCCUUUUGCUCGCUAUCUGUCCGGAUCGGAGAAGGUAGCAAAGAUCGCAGCGCGUAUGUGGCGCACGAUCGAUUGGUGUUACAUCCUUUAUGGAAUCUCGACGCAACUGGCCGCCAUUCUCGUGUCGACUCGACCAAGAUGGUACCUGUACCAGUCGCUGGCUUCAAAUAUUCUGUAUGUGCUGCCAUGGGCGAUUGUGUGUCAGGUUGUCGAUCUGGACGCAGGAGACGCUUGGACUUAUCACAGUCUGGUAUUCGGUGGAAGUCUGGUCUUUUCUUUCUUCAUAAUCAUCGCUGUGGAUGGCGUGUGGGCUUUGCGGCUGAAUCGAGGUAAGACGCGUUUGAGGCGGAGAUAG